CACACCAACGGGGUUGGCGGGCGGCGGAGAUUGGAUGUUUGCGUUUCCAUCGUUUCUGGUGAAAAUGGAUCGCGGCGGUGCGCAGGCGCCUGAAUGGGGGCCGGGGCGUCUGGGGCAGCCCCUCGGCCGGCUGCUGGCCCGGGCGGCCAGCGGGGGGCGCCUGCGGCCUCGCCGCCGCCCCCGCCCGCACAGCGGGAUCCCGCCCGUGGCCGGCGCGGCUCCUCGGGCGGAGGCUGCAGCGGCGCCGGAGCGGGAGCGGCGGCGGCAGAUGUGAGGACUGCAAGUGUCUGGUUGGCCUGGCCUGGAUGCAAAGGAAUACGCUGGCGGCACAGUGAGCAAGGCCGGUGGUGGAGUGGUUCAGGCCCCAUGUUGCUGCAGUCAGGGGGCGACCCUCUCCGGCCCUGCCUGUCAGGCUCACAGAGGCCUGAGGCCUAGGCCCAGAGGGAAGCGUGUCAGCAGACAGAUGCUCCCCAGGCCGUGGGGUGUCCUGAGUGGACUGCUAGGAGGCUGCGCCAGAGGUGGAGGAUGCCGGCCAAGGGGCGCUACUUCCUCAAUGAGAGCGAGGAGGGCCCAGACCAGGAUGCGCUCUAUGAGAAGUACCGCCUCACCAGCCAGCACGGGCCGCUGCUGCUCACGCUCCUGUUGGUGGCCAUUGCUGCCUGCACCACCCUCCUCGUCAUCGCCUUCACCUCUGAGGAUCCCUCUGGACUUCAGGCUGUCCUGGGGACAGUGUUCUUGACACUCGCUGUGUUUGUGGUUCUCUACGUGCUGGUGUAUGUUGAGUGCCUCGUCCGGCGGUGGCUCAGGGCCUCAGCCCUGCUCAUCUGGGUCUGCCUUUUGACACUGGGCUACGUGCUGGUGUUCGACUCGUGGAUGAAGAAAGCCUGUGCGUGGGAGCAGGUGCCCUUCUUCCUGUUCAUCGUCUUUGUGGUGUACACGCUGCUGCCCUUCAGCAUGCACGGAGCUGUGGUAGUAGGGGUCAUCUCCAGCACCUCCCACCUCCUUGUGCUUGGCGCUCUGAUGGGGGGCUUCUCGACGCCCAGUGUCCCGAUGGGGCUGCAGCUGCUGGCCAAUGCUGUCAUCUUCCUGUGCGGGAACCUCACUGGCGCCUUCCACAAGUACCAGAUGCAGGACGCCUCCCGUGACCUCUUCACCUACACUGUGAAGUGUAUUCAGAUCCGUCGAAAGCUUCGCAUUGAGAAGCGCCAGCAGGAGAACCUGCUGCUGUCAGUGCUGCCCGCCCACAUCUCCAUGGGCAUGAAGCUGGCCAUCAUCGAGCGGCUCAAGGAGCGCGGGGACCGCCGCUACAUGCCCGACAACAACUUCCACAGCCUCUAUGUAAAGCGGCACCAGAACGUCAGCAUUCUCUACGCUGAUAUUGUGGGCUUCACACAGCUGGCCAGCGACUGCUCCCCCAAAGAGUUGGUAGUGGUGCUGAAUGAGCUCUUCGGCAAGUUCGACCAGAUUGCCAAGGCCAAUGAGUGCAUGCGGAUCAAGAUCCUGGGGGACUGCUACUACUGCGUGUCAGGCCUGCCUGUGUCCCUGCCCACCCAUGCCCGGAACUGCGUGAAGAUGGGGCUGGACAUGUGUGAGGCCAUUAAGCAGGUGCGGGAAGCCACAGGUGUGGACAUCAGCAUGCGUGUGGGUAUACACUCGGGGAACGUGCUGUGUGGUGUCAUCGGGCUGCACAAGUGGCAGUAUGAUGUGUGGUCCCAUGACGUGUCCCUGGCCAACAGGAUGGAGGCGGCUGGAGUCCCUGGCCGUGUACACAUCACCGAGGCAACGCUGAACCACCUGGACAAGGCGUAUGAGGUGGAGGACGGGCAUGGGCAGCGGCGAGACCCCUAUCUGAAAGAGAUGAAUAUCCGUACCUACCUGGUCAUUGAUCCCCGGAGCCAGCAGCCACCCCCGCCCAGCCAGCACCUCCCCAAGCCCAAGGGGGAUGCUGCCCUGAAGAUGCGGGCGUCUGUGCGCAUGACCCGCUACCUGGAGUCCUGGGGGGCUGCGCGGCCCUUUGCCCACCUCAGCCACCGUGAGAGCGUGAGCAGCAGUGAGACUGCUGUCCCCACCAGCCGGAGGCCGAAGGCCAUCCCCCUGAGGCGCCAUUGGACUCCUGAUAGAAGCGCAUCCCCCAAGGGGCGGUCGGAGGACGACUCGUACGAUGAUGAGAUGCUCUCAGCCAUUGAGGGGCUCAGCUCCACAAGGCCCUGCUGCUCCAAGUCUGAUGACUUCUACUCCUUUGGGUCCAUCUUCCUGGAGAAGGGCUUUGAGCGGGAGUACCGCCUGGCGCCCAUCCCCCGGGCCCGUCGUUACUUCGCCUGUGCCAGCCUCGUUUUCGUCUGCAUCCUGCUCAUCCAUGUUCUGCUCACGCCCAGGAUGGCGACUCUAGGUGUAUCCUUUGGGCUGGUGGCCUGUGUGCUGGUGCUGGUGCUAGGCCUGUGCUUCGCUGAUGAGUUUUUGAGCUGUUGCCCAGCCUGGGGGAUGCUCCAGGCCAUCUCUGAGAGGGUGGAGACACAGCCCCUGCUGCGGGUGUCCUUGGCCGUCCUGACCAUUGGCAGUCUGCUCACCAUCGCUAUCGUCAACCUGCCGCUGAUGCCAUUCCCACCACUGGGGCUGUCUCCUGGCAACAAGACGAGCCUGAGUGCUACGAACGGUUGGGACAGGAUGCUGUGCGACCUCCUCCAGUAUUAUACCUGCAGCUGCAUCCUGGCCUUCCUUGCCUGCUCUGUCUUCCUGCGGAUGAGCCUGGAGCCAAAGGUUGUGCUGUGGACAGUGGCCUUGGUGGCCUACCUGGUGCUCUUCACCAUGUCGCCAUGCUGCCAGUGGGACUGCUGUGUACACAGCUGGGGCAACCUCACCGAGAUCAACGGCACCCGCAGCUCCCCAUGCGGUUUAUGGAGGGACCUGAGGAUGAUGAUCAUUUUCUACCUGGUUCUGUUUUAUACCACCCUCCUCAUGCUCUCCAGACAGAUCGACUAUUACUGCCGCUUGGAUUGUUUGUGGAAGAAGAAGUUCAAGAAGGAACAUGAGGAGUUUGAAACCAUGGAGAAUGUCAACCGCCUUCUUCUGGAGAAUGUCCUGCCAGCCCAUGUAGCCGCCCACUUCAUUGGUGACAAGUUAAAUGAGGACUGGUACCACCAGUCCUAUGACUGCGUGUGUGUCAUGUUUGCGUCUGUGCCGGACUUCAAAGUGUUCUACACGGAGUGCGACGUCAACAAGGAAGGGCUGGAGUGCCUGCGUCUGUUGAAUGAGAUCAUCGCCGACUUCGAUGAGCUGCUGCUAAAGCCCAAGUUCAGCAGCGUGGAGAAGAUCAAGACCAUCGGCAGCACGUAUAUGGCAGCUGCAGGGCUCAGUGUCCCCUCAGGGCACGAGACUCAGGACCUAGAGCGGCAGCAUGCCCACAUUGGUAUCAUGGUGGAGUUCAGCAUCGCCCUGAUGAGCAAGCUGGAUGGCAUCAACAGGCACUCGUUCAACUCUUUCCGCCUCCGAGUCGGCAUAAACCACGGACCUGUGAUUGCUGGAGUGAUUGGAGCACGAAAACCUCAGUAUGACAUCUGGGGAAACACAGUCAACGUGGCCAGCCGCAUGGAGAGCACUGGAGAACUUGGGAAAAUCCAGGUUACUGAAGAGACAAGUACUGUCCUCCAGGGACUAGGUUAUUCUUGUGAAUGCCGUGGACUGAUCAAUGUCAAAGGCAAAGGCGAACUGAGGACUUACUUUGUCUGUACAGAUACUGCCAAGUUUCAAGGGUUGGGGCUGAACUGAGGGCUUCUGGUAGCUGCAGAACAUGCUGGAAGCUGACCUCCCCCGAGCAAGCAGAGGGGAAGACUCAGCCCCAUGCGAGUACGAAGGCGCCCUGACGGUUUGGCAUCACCACCCUGACAGAGGGCUGGAUUCAACACUGGAGGUGUGCUGUGUGCUGGCAUGUGCACCAGACUCCGGUUCGAGGUGACCAGUGAGCCUGCCUUGCACAGGCAGCCAGAGCCUCUGUACCUCUGGAGUCUGCAGUGCGGCCCCCAGCACGGCAGGACGAGGCCCGCUUGCCUUUUACAUCCUCGUUCCCCUGGUGCUGUGGAGGGGAUCUUAAGAGUAUGACCUGAACACACAUCCCCCUCGUGGCCUGUGAGCUGCAUCAGUGCGAUGUGUCAGAUGUGUCUCUUCUAGGUACAGGACUAUGACAUGUUGUCUAGGAUGGGUUGGGGACUUGUUUUUCCUUGGUGAACUAGUUACAGGAUUCUGUAUUUUGGCUAAAAAGGGUGUUUCCAAUCCAUAAAUGGUUUCAGACAUUAGGGAGGAAAGCCACAAAGGACAGAGUUAUUAUACCUUUUCCCACUUCUGACAUGAAUGUUUUCUGUGGAUACAUUAAUGGAGGCUCUAUCCUUUUUAAUGACCUCUUAGAUGAUAGGCAAAAUUUUUUCCCUCCAGUCUAUUCUUUGCCUUUUUAACCACUGACAUGUAAGUAGGACUACUGCCCAGUACCAGCUUAUGGGAUGAGUCCAGCUGGGGGCAGAGGCUCUGAGGAAUGUGGCUCAUGGCAAGGUGAGGAACGGUGUAGCGUUGGCUUGACUCAUACAGACAUGGAGGAACGGUUCAGUAAGUGAAGAAUCUGUAAAAUUAGGCAUAAUAAUCUCUUAGCCCUUCCCUGACUACUCAUGCAUUGUUUUCUAGUGCUCCUCUACAAUUGGCAGCUCUAUCCCAGUUUUUAUACUGGAAGGGAAUGGAGUCUGCAUGGAGAGAAUCUGGACCACCUGUAGUACUUCUUUCCUCUCCUCUCCAUAGUCCUCACAGCUAUGUCUGAAGAGCUUCAAAACAGAAAGGAUGCACUCAACUCAGCGUAAGCGUGUAUAUAGGUUUUGCACCUGGGAAGCCAGCCUCUCAUAAGUGCUAUUCUGUCUGUUCUGAACCAAAUGAAUCAAGGCAAGCACAAUAAGCGAGUUUGUGAGAUGGCGUCUUCUAGUGCUUCAACCCCAAAACAAUCAAGUCAACCUGCGUUUCAAGGGGAGGAGUAACCAAACUGCCCAUUCCCUCUUUUUCUGAACUGACUUCACUGCCUCACAACCAGAGCAUUCCCAGGAUUUCAAAUAUAGUUGAAUUUCACUAUAUAGCAGGGUGUCUUAGCUAGAAGUCACCUGUAACCCCCGAUACUAUACAGAAGAUCUACAGGCUUGCCAACAGGUGGGCUGGGAUGCGCUGCGCCCUGGCUGCAGAGGAUGGGCGUGUGCAGCCAAUGGCAGGAAGGCGCUGCCAAUGAACUUGCUGUCUGCUGGUGCCGUGUUUUGCUUUGGGGCUUAUCAGCCCUAGAAUGGGGCUUAUUCUAAUUUGCACAAAGGUUCUGAGUGGGCCUGUGGCAGCUCUGAUGCACUGCAUGCAACUGGAAUAGGUACGAAUAAAUUGCAAGUAUUCAUUGUAUAAAGGGAUGUCAUGGCAAAAGUGCUGGUAAGGGAAUAGCCUUACACACCAACUUCCCACAUUCAGGUGAGUACUGUACUGAAAGUUAAUACUCUUAAAAUUGGCGACCAGGGCUGCUCAGCAGGGCUCUUCUGGGAAGUCAGGAAGGUUCUGUUGCUCAGAUAGUGUAAACACAUCAGUGAGCCUGGGCCUCUCUGAGGUGGACCUGUUUAUGUUCUUGCAAUAUUCAAGUUAUUUUUUUCUCCAGCAACAGAAAUCUCAAUUGGGAACCAUUUAUGUAUUUUUCUUUAUUGCCAAUUAAACAUUACUAAGGUAAGAAUAUUUUGUAAGUUUUUAGUUUUGAUAUUCAGAUCAUAGUGUAUAACUGACAAUAAAAAUCACUUGCAGUUAUUUUUUAAAAAUGUUUUCCAAUUAUUAAGCCAUUUCUUUACAGGUAUCACUUUGUUUUUGACAGGACAGUUAUCUUUUCUAACACUGACCUUCUCUAUUGGUCAAGGACUUAAAGUUUCUACUAAGGUGGCCUGACUGACUCUAGUGAAAAUCAUACUGGAGGUUUUUUGGUUUACUUAUUAAGAAAUUUUUCUAACAGAGAUCAUUAACCAUUAUACAGAUUGUGUAUAUAAUAGGUCAAUGUACAGAAAUAUGCUUUGAGAAGGUACAUGCAGAAAACUAGGGGUUAUUCUGUAUACUGAGUAUUUAUAGAUCUGUAAUAUUUGUUUCAAAACGUUAUUUCAUUUUUACAAAGUACCAGUGUUUCUACUCUGUUUAGCUUUUCAUAUAUUAAAAUAGCAAUUGGAAAA